AUGUCUCUUUUAACUGUUUUGGCAUCAGCAACCCUUCUCGGAACACAAGUUAGGGCUGACUUCAUCCCAACCGUACUGGGCACACCACAAGUCCUAGGCAACGUAUCCGACCCAAGCAUAGACCGCGAUUCCUGCGGUUCGGCAAGGUUCGGCAAUCGCGCACUCUGGACAUGUCGAGACUCGCAACCCUUCUCAAACGGGGUGCCAGUACUUCCCCUUUAUUCAAGCUCAGCAUCAUGGACAGGCUUCGCCUCUGACGGUACACCACUUAUCCAAUCAUGGACGGAUGCCUCUGGAAACACCGAGACUGGCCUCUUAUGUUCCGGCGAAAAUAAUGAGCAGCCUUUUUAUCCCUACCCUUCGGAUUUGUGUGGCACAAAUACGGCAGGKGCAUGUUCUGACGGUAGCCGCUACGCCCUUUGGCCUGAUAGUCCGCCGUUGGUAACUAGUGACGACGAAAGCACUGGUGUCGUCACAGCUUAUACAUGGAUCAAGCAAGAACAUAUUGGUAGUGGCCUUACGCUGCUCAAUCCUGAUUCCGCCACGAUUUUAUACGAGGUUACAUACAACCCAUCCGUGAAUGGAGAUUCAACAGGCCUUCCAACCGUGACUACCGUCCAAGAGGACUUUUGGACAACCGAUGAAAUGCCUUACGGUGCGUACGGAGGAGUCGUUGUUAAUGACGUUGCGUAUCUCUAUGGUAAAAAUGCUGCAGGCACAGUCGGUCUUGCGCAAGUGCCUGCCGGGUCUGUAACCGACAAAUCUGCCUAUCAGUAUUAUGUGAAUGGUGCCUGGACAAGCACCAUUCCCGGUGUCAAUGACACGGGUGUCGGUCUCACAAAUGCUGGUGCAGGUGGACAGGGAACAUACUACUACUCAAAUGUCUGGGACUUGUACGUUUGGAUUGGAMAAGCCGGUAUCAGUGUUGCACCACAAUUUUUCAUUACUACUGCCCCGGCCCCUGAGGGACCCUGGGCGACACCUGUGAAUUUCUACUCGGCCGAUUACAUCAAUUGGUCCUACACAUUGCAGGCGCAUCCUGCCCUGUUGGCGAACUCUUCGGAGAAUGCUAUCUACCUCUCAUAUGUUGUCAACGAUUCGGGAUAUUACUGGACUCCUUUGAUCUAUGUACAGUGGGAGUCUUAA